UCGUUAAAACAGAAAAAGAAAAAGGGGAAGAAAUGGUUUUUGGAUUUUUAGCUUCUCUCCCAAACCACCUUCUUCUUCUUCUUCUUCUUUCUCCUGCCAACUCCAAAUAACGGCAUCUCUCCCUCCACGACGUCGUUUUUCUAUUUCACAUUUGAAUUGUCAAUUUUUUGGAGUCAAAAUUCCAUUUCCAAUUUGAAAAUAUUUUAAGCUAGGGUUUUCGUUAGUAUUUAUCCAUAGAUUACACGAGUUUAGUUUGUUAAAUUUGUGGGGGUGUAUUUGAUUAUACGAAUCGCGGUGGUGGUUCAUAAAUGGCGUCCAGUUUUGAUCGGUGGGAGAAGGAUCCAUAUUUCUCGGCGGCCGAGCAAGUUCAAGAAUCUGCCGACAGGAUGGAAUCUACAUAUAGAACAUGGAUUCACGCCAAGAAAGACACUUCCAGUAUGUGGAAUCCGGACGAACUCUGCAGGGAUCUCCGCACUACUCUUGGAACUACCAAAUGGCAGUUAGAUGAGUUUGCACGAGCAGUCAGGGCAAGUUAUGCCAGAGGCCCAAGUGAAGACGCAAGAGACAGGCACCGCGAAUUCAUUGUUGCUAUGGAGGACCAGAUUUCUAAAGUUGAAAAUGCAUUACGGGAAUCUGCCUUUUCUGAGGGCAAGACUUCUCUGCCUUGGGUGCGUUUGGACGAAGGAGAGUGUAACGAACUAGCUUCUUUUCUUUCUGGACUGACUGCUUCUCAAGAGAAAGUUCUUGCUAAGAGUAAGGAUAUUGAAAACCUACGAGUGACGGAUAGAGAAUCAGCACCAGAUUGUUCAAAGAACUCAUGCGGUUCAGGGGGUUCCCGGGAGGCUAGGGAGGAGAAGUUACAUGGGCAUAGGAGGACAGCUAGUGCUAGUGCUGAUAUUGGUUCCUGGAAGAUUGCGGUCUAUGAUGAUGGUCACUUACCAUCUUCGUCUUCUAUGAUGAUUGAACAACCUGUGCGAAAGAUACCCAGUUUCUCUGGGUUUAUUAGUUCCAUGGAAUCUGCAUCGAAGUUGAAGUGGUCAAAGAAUGGUUUUAGGAAGUGGAAGGCAGUGGACCGUCAUGAAGACACUGAUGCUGCAUUGUUACCAUCUACUCAGUUGACUAAGGGCAUUGAUGCUUGCUAUGAAAGAAGCAAGAGCUGUUUGGAUAGUGAUUGCUAUGAUAAACAAUUAUAUGGCUGGUAUGGAGCUAUACAGAGACAACUUCAACGAUCUCAGUACUAUGUGCAGUAUAGUUGGCCUGCUCAUGUAGCUUUUUGGAUUGUUCUUCUCCUUUGCUUGAUUUUUUUGAUUGCAUUCCGUGCAAUCUGAGGAUGUGACCCUCUCCUCAGUUUUUGGUAGCUCGUGGAAGCAGGAGGAGAAAUGGGUCUCAGUUCAUUGAAAAACUCUAUAUAUGUUGUCAGAGAUGGAGAUAGAGGUAGGAAAUAUUGUCUAUUGAACAGAAUAUGUUCAUACAUGAAGUGCCAAACGGCAAACACCACCUGGAACCUUCAAAGAAUCCCUCUUCUGUUUUUGUUUGUUGUUUUCCUGUAUCAUCUCUUAAUCUUGAUUUCUUUGAUGGAGGGUAAGUUCUGUUGUAAUAUAGUACGAACAAUAUCAAAAAUACUGUGCCAAGUUUGUUAGCCAAAUGACGAUAGCUCAGCUCCACUGGAUCUUGUAAUAUAAUUUCUCUUUACUGUAGGCACUUCUUAUGUAGUGGUACUAAUUGUGUAGUAUGUGAAAGUUCAGAUUUCCUA